GCACUGAGUUAGCAUGUAGCUAAAUGCUGCAUUGGUAAACGUUUGCGGAGGUACUAAUAGUGUCAUGUGAACAUACUUUUAUUUUGUCGCAUGUGUUCAAGUGUCUGAGGUUCAACCGAGCGACAUAAGAGAAGAACUUCAAGUUAACGGUGAAGUUAACGUUAAUGAACUAGCUAGCUAAUUAGCUACAGCUCGCAGUGCUCAGCGCAUCAUGUCUCUGUCGACGAAAUGAAUUCCCGCCGCUGGUUUCGUUCACUUCAGAUAUUUAUCGUCUUGUGUGGACGUUUGGCCCACGCAGCCACAGACUCGGGGCUCACCGCCACCGUCAAUUCCACCCCAACUAAUAGGGAGCCUUUCAGCCCAGCCACCCCUGCUCCGGGCGGUACGGAGGACCCGAACUCCACGGAGGAGGUCACUCUGAAUCCCACUGUGAACUCCACGGAGGAAGUUACUUUGAAUACCACUGACAACUUCACGGAGGAAGUUACUUUGAAUACCACUGACAACUUCACGGUCACCCCGACGCUGCCUGUGUCCGAAGAGCCCACUGUGGACACCGAGGCUCCGUCUGCAACCACCGUCCAGCCUGCAGUGACUCCUCAGGUUUGUCUUUGUGAUUUGACGCCUGACUUCUGUGACAUUGGCUGCUGUUGUGACACAGUUGAUUGUGACGUUGCCAACUUGAGUACUGUCUUCACUGGAUGUCCACAGAGAGCCAUAUCAGGAGUUUGCAUUGAGAAAUGGCUCAUGUUCAGAGCCAACGUGAAUUCAUCUCUCAUCACUGUGACUGACUCCUUGCUCUGUGUCCGGCCUGAAGAUAAGGCACCCCAGGCUCUCCCAGCUGUACUUCAGUUUCCAGCUUUAGGGGAUUCGUACCACUUUUCACCACCAGAGCCAACAAUCGCCCGUCACAGCAGAGAUUUUUACAGGGUUGAUGAUGUCAUCCAGACGUAUUUUUCUAACUCCUCUGUGCGGGGUCUCCUCCGUCAGCCGUCUGCAGGAGCUGCUGCUGCUGCGUUCUGUAUCAACCGCAACCCUGCAAAGUUCUUGAGGUCUGUGUCUCUGUCUUGUACCCGCAUGGUGUCUCCUCAGUCAUGCACCACAGAUCCAAGUCUCAGCGCCCGCUCCUACUUCUCUGACCUGAGUCUGAUUAAGAUUCCCAUAGGCGAGAUGGUGCCAGUGUCAGAUUUUCUGAUCUCAGUGACACCGCUGUCUGACUGGCCUGCACCAAGCCAACAAAACAACUCCUGUAUUAACGCAGUGCAGAAGGUGGAGUUCGUCAUAGGUUACACAGGCAGAGGUGAACUCACAUAUGCAUCAGUCAAUGUCGUCUUGGUUGAUGUGGAUCCCAAUCAGGACUUGUUGCAGACUCACUCUGUACAUUUUCAGCUGGCUGCACCGAGCCCCACUCCAGGAGGGCUAACGUCUGCAGUCGGACUUCUAACAGGAUCUCCUGUCAUUGGUCGUUUUGAUGACCAAGUGAAUCCUUUAACAACACUAGGAGUGUCCCAAGGUGGGGAAUGUUCCUCUGACCUGAGCAGACGAGCACCAGUCCUCUUCACAUACAACACUAUCACUGGCUGCACAUUCAGUUCUGCAGCUAGCGACUGCUCGGAGCUACGUUCACAGAUUUAUGGGAUCUUGCAGGGACUCGCUACGCCUGAUGUGAUCGCCAUGAACUCAGGCUCCCAACCGCAGUGGACGAGAGUCAUCACUCAGGACUGUCGUGUUGGUCUGCAGGAAACAUGUGAGUCAGGUUGCACCCUUCCCCACUCUCUCUCAAUCCAAGUGCUGUGGGCUCGCCAGGGUCUCAUUGACCUCCCACAGAGCUACAUCCUGGGAGCCAAAUACCUUUUCCAGUGUCAAAAUGUCAAGUGUCCUAUGUCAUCACCUCUCGCUCUGACCACCAAAGUUAUGUUUGCUGACACUACAGUUUACCCAGAACCCCCCAGGGGUUUGCCUCAGCCUCACUGGAAGUUUCCAUUCGGUUUCUUCACUAGAGGCGCCGCUGAGCUAGAUGGCCACGUUGUUAUUAACGGCAGCGACACUGACAAGGUCACAUGGAGUUUAAUGCUGUUCACAGUCAUGUUGCUAACAGGAUUAGAAUUCUUCUCUAGGUAGCAGGAGAGGUAGCACUGGAGUAGUUAGGAAUUUCUUAAUAACUUGCUGGUGUGAGGAAAGGUUUUCUAUGAAUGAACUGAAAUUAAUGUGUCAAGGUUUUAUUUUGUUGAACUUUUUCACAAUGUAAAAAGUCGCCCAUUACCAGUAGGGCACAACAAAGACAUGUUCCAUCCUUAAAUACCAUAAUUUAUUCUUUUGUUGUUUUUAUAUAAAUAUACACAUUUCUACGAGA